UGUCGUAGCGUGGUGUGUGUAGUUCAAAUCGACUUGUCGUUUGGCGCUUUUUGAGAACCGCCUGUAUGAUUAACCUGCAAUCAAUGAGUAAGCACACCCCUCACUUUUGUGGUGUUCUUGGUCGCACAUUUAUGGAGUUUCUCAAGGGGAGUGGAGACUACUGCCAGGCACAGCACGACGUUUGUGCAGACAAGUGAACGAAGCUCCAGUGUUUAAAGAGCGAGUCCAGAGAGGAGUUGCGAUUCUCUUUGUGGGAAAACAGCAUCGACUAGACAGUCAAGUUCAGGAGAGCUCACCUCACUACGACGGACAGCAUCUCUUUGGUGUUAUUGACACAGUUUGGCUGUGGGAAAUUAAUUCACAUUGCCCCGCAGUUUCUUUUUUGAAUAUAACUGCAAUCCUUUGUAGGGCAUUAUAACAUCAUCUUACACUAGAGAACUCCCUCCCACGUUUCCAUUUCAUUUGAAAGAACAAACGUCAGCAUGGCUCGUAUGAACCGCCCGGCCCCUGUGGAAAUCAUGUACAAGAGUAUGCGUUUUCUCAUCACUCACAACCCCACCAACAUCACGCUUAAAAAGUUCAUUGAAGAGUUAAAGAAGUAUGGUGUGAAGACUCUUGUUAGGGUGUGUGAAGCCACCUAUGACGCUUCUGUGGUGGAGAGAGAGGGGAUUCAAGUUUUGGACUGGCCAUUUGAUGAUGGAGCUCCUCCAUCCAAACAGAUUGUCGAUGAUUGGCUGAAUCUCCUCAGGGUAAAGUUUCACAAGGAGGCUGGCUGCUGUGUGGCUGUCCACUGUGUAGCUGGACUUGGAAGAGCCCCUGUCCUAGUUGCCCUUGCCUUGAUUGAAAGAGGGAUGAAGUAUGAAGAUGCUGUCCAGUUCAUUCGACAGAAACGAAGAGGAGCGUUCAACAGCAAGCAGCUUCUGUAUUUGGAGAGAUAUCGUCCAAAGAUGCGGCUGAGAUUCAAAGACUCAAAUUUUUAUCGUUACACGUGCUGCAUUCAAUAAAUUAUGUAUUGUUUUC